UGGAUAACAAGGUGCUGGUGGUCGCGUCGCUGUGGUGGGGGGAGCCAUCCUGACCGCCUGCCUGCCUGGCUGCCUGCGCCGAGCUGCGCUCACUGACCGGGGACAAUCGACGUAUGAGGCCGGCCUCCGCCUGCACGCCGUUGCGGGCCAAGCGCGCCGCCGCAGAGGAUGAACGCGGCGGCCGACGUCUCGUCGUCUCUUUUCGGCUUUUUGUCUGCUGCGCCUCGACGGGAGGGAGUCGUGGCCCCGCUUCAGCUGCCUCAUAUUCGGCUUGCGCUGCUUUCGCCGUCGCUAUGUGACGCGCGCAACGCCUGCUGAUCGUGUGCGCGCCUGCAUCCAGAGCCACAAUGGCGAACGACGCGCAGGAAAUAUCGCCUGACUUCGUGCUCAUGCGCCUAGUCUCCGCCGCCGAGGAGGACCGUCCGGAUGCGGAGAGCGGCGCCGCGCCGCCGGGGGGGGUCGCGGUGGCUGGGCUGGGCCGGGAGGCGCUGGCUCACAAAGCGGCCUUGGAGCUCAGCCGAGACGCGGGCCUCGAGCGGAACAAAGCCCCGGCGAGCGGCGGCCGCGGUCGUGGCCCGGCUGCACCUGACGUGCCGUGUGCUCCUCCCAGGCCGCUGAGCCCCGCGCAGGCACCGGGAUGCGAGUUCGGCCCCGGUCUGCGGCCUCAGCUGCUGGUCUUCUCGGACCUCGUGCGGAACGGGGACGGGAUCUUAGAACUGAACGAGCGGAGGACUUCUCUGGGCUUGGACCUGCACAACCCGGGGGCAGGUUGCUCCGAGCCGACCCUCAGUAACAACAAUGGGACCCCGGAAGAGGUCCAGCAGCAUCUGGAACAACUGGACGGGACCUGGGGUGCGCGUCCUCCGGUCCCUGGGUCAACAGAGCAGCAAGGAUCUGCGGAAGUGUGCCACGGACACCGACUCCUGGCCGGCCCGCCCAAGUGGCCCUCGCUGUCGGUAGGCUCCACCCCGCUGGCCGUCAUCGACCCCACGUGGACGUGCACCGGCCGGGACCGAGAGGGGGCCGUGUUGGAGCUCGCCCGGAGGUUCGGGGAGCUGGGGGUGGGCGCGGUACCAAAGAUGCUCCUCAAAGCGGGCGAGCUCCCGCAUUGCGCGUGUCAGGGAGCACACGCGCCGGGCGAGGAGGACGGCGACGACCCGGCCGUCACCAGCGACGCUCUGCUGGUUCUGGAAGGGCUCGGCAGCGACGACGUGGCUGGGCUGGGCCUGCAGGACCAGAGUCCGGACGACCGAGAGCGGCACCGACACUUUUUAGUCGGCACGAAACCAGAACUCGAAAUGAGUUCCUUUCGGGCGGAAGUGACGGAGGAGGAGGUCAGCAGCGGCGGGCGAUCCCGAGUGACCGACCCGCUUUUACAGGCCUCCCCUUGGACUGGCAGCCAGGCGUCCACCCCCCGCAGGAGACCGGAGAGGUGCGCCAGUGCCCCGCGGACCCCAGGCGCGGCGGCCAAGACGGUGAGGGUGACCGCCAAGCCCAAGAAGGGUUCGCUGAGGUUCCGCUUGAGCAGGUUGCUUCGCACCAAGAGCUGCAGCGGCUCCUCGCACCUGCUGGACCAGGACCGCAGGACCCCCGUCGGGGGGCAGGCGGACGCGCACAUGAGCGCGUCUGGACCUGCGCUGGACUCAGACAGCAGCAGCCUGGAGCACGAGGCCAGCAGGCUGAGCCGCGCCCACAGUGCCUUCUCCCCCACCUCCCUCGCUGCCUUCACAGGUGAGACGGUGUCUCUGGUGGAUGUGGACAUCUCUCGGCGAGGGACCGCCCACACGCCUCACCCGCCCACGCCGCCGCCUCCACCGCGACGAAGUCUCAGCCUUUUGGACGCUUUCCUGCGGGUGCUUCCUCAUUCCAACCCAUCACAGGCCGACGCGCCGCCUUCCUCCAGGCGGGCCCCGCCGCCCAUGCUCUGCGCCCUCCGACGGUCGGAAGCCAGCAACUUCACCGCCAGCCUGAGAGAGCUGGAGAAGUGUGGCUGGUACUGGGGUCCGAUGAACUGGGAGGACGCAGAGAUGAAGCUCAAGGGCAAACCCGACGGAUCUUUCCUGGUCCGAGACAGCUCUGACCCGAGAUACAUCCUCAGCCUCAGCUUCCGCUCGCAGGGCGUCACGCACCAUACUCGCAUGGAGCACUACCGCGGCACGUUCAGCUUGUGGUGUCACCCCAAGUUUGAGGACCGCUGCCACUCUGUGGUGGAGUUCAUCGAGCGCGCCAUCAUGCACUCCAAGAACGGAAAGUUUCUCUACUUCCUGCGCUCCAGAGUACCAGGACUUCCUCCGACGCCGGUACAGCUUCUGUAUCCCGUGUCUCGCUUCAGCAACGUUAAGUCUCUGCAGCACCUCUGCAGAUUCUGCAUACGCCAAAUCGUGCGCAUCGAUCACAUCCAACAACUUCCACUGCCCAGGUCACUGGUGUCGUACCUAAGUAAGUUUUAUUACUACGACCCCGAGGAAGAGAUGUACCUGUCAAUCAAAAGCAUCCGGGCGACGCUGGAGGUGCACACGUAGCACAAACAACAAAAACAACAACAUGCUGCUUCGUGGAGGCCUGAGUGGAAUGAACGGUCGCUGGAAGGAGGACCUGUUGCUGCUCCAGCUCCUCUUGUUCUUCCUGUGUGGACUGUCAAUCAGCACGGAGGAGAAUUUUGCCGGUGCUGGUGUUGUUCCUCAAAGUUCUGCUUGGAGAUCAAACAACAGCUGGACUCAAAAGUGCUUUUUUGGUUUGUUUGUUGUUUGUUUGUUUGGACAACUCCUCCUUUUUCUCUCCAGACUUCUCUUUCUCUUACACUCUUUCUGUCCAGUGAUGCUCUCAGGGCAGACCCCCCCCCCCCGCCCACACACACACACACACACACACACACACACAAACACCAUUUAUAAUACACAAACUUUUAUUCUAUGCUUUAUGUUGUCUUCUCAAUGUAAGGAGACCUUCAAAACUCAUACAGCAGCACCCCUGGAAAGUUAGGGGGAAAAAAGCCCCUGCCACCAGGUUCACCCAUCAACAUGAAAUUGAGUGGACAUGUCUAUCAUAACAGGAUGCACUAAAAAGUCUCAAGGACCCGUACCCAUUUUGGUUUGAAACAGCCAUUUUAGAGUCAAUUUGGCCAUUCACACGAAUGAAAGAAAUUAGCCCCUCCCACUAGUUUCACUGAUCGACAUGAAACUGGGUGUAUACGUCUGUAACAGGAUGCAUCAAAAAGUCUAAGGACCCAUGCCUGAAGCUUAACAGGAAGUCACCCAAUUUGGGUGACUUGAAUGGCCAAUUUGGCCAUUCACGCAAAUAAAUAAAUAAAUAAAUCAGUUCCCAUCUCCAGUUUUACUGAACUACAUAAAAUUUGGUGGAUAUGUCUAUCAUAACAGGACAAACCAAAAACUCUCAAGGACAUGGCCAGAAGUGAUCAGGAAGUCAGUGACAGUAUUUUGGUUUGACGCAGCCAUUUCCAGGUCAAUUUGGCCAUUCAUGGGAAUGCGAAAAAUCAGGCCCUGACACCUGUUUCACCAAUUUACAAGACAUUUGGUGUACAUGUCUAUCAAAAGAGGACACACCAAAAAGUCUCAAGCACCCAUGCCCAGAAUUGAUCAGGAAGUCAGUUAUUUUGCUUUGAAGUGUACAUUUUAGGGUCAAUUUGGCCAGUCACGCAAAUUCGAAAAAAUCAGCCCCUGACAUCAGUUUCACCAAUUUACAAGACAUUUGCUGUACAUUACUAUCAAAAAAGGACACGCUAAAACGUCUCAAGGACCCAAUUUUGAUCAGGAAGUCGGCGAUUUCGAUUGGAAGCAGCAUUGCGCCAAAGUUUGAUGAUCAUCUGGUUGAUCUAAUUAUCUACAGUAGAUUGUGGAUUUAAUGAAGUGGCUGCUAAGUGUAUACAUGUCAGUGGUUGACUAACCUUAGAACACAGUGUGUGUGUGUUUGUGUGACCUAAGUCAUUCACGUGUUGAAUUGUG